AUGUUUGGUUUCAGUGCUGUUAUGGACAGGGACGUAAAAUCCUGUUCCGCCACCAAAAUAGUCACGAUAAACGUUUCUGGCCAGUCUUCGCAUGAGCCGUCUUUCUUUGUACUGUUGGUCUCGGCCAUUCUCGGAGUGCUGAACACCGUUGUCUAUGCAGGACAAGUUCGCAUAACGGCGGCCCCUCCACCACCGCCCCCGGAGAAGUUUCACCUCGGUGGCAGUUACGACCAAUGGGAACUACAGACCCGUGGAAGAGAGCACCCGCUGGUAAGCAUCCUAGCCAGCGAGGUAUAUAAUAUCACGUCUUCGGUCGUGAACGCAUUUGCCACCGUCGACGAUUCAAUCGACUACGGUCGGUGCUAUCACCCUCCCUAG